GGCGCUAGAAAAUAAUAUACUAUUUUCUAGUGUAAAUUGCGCUAGAAAUUAGUUGGUUGAAAAAAGUCAAAUUUUUAGUAGUGGAAGUGCCGUUUUGGGUCCAAAUUCAUGGUUUGCUGUCGGAUCAUUUGACAACGCGAUGGGGAGGCGGAUUGGAGCAAAGAUAAAGAAUCUUGUUGAUGUUGACGCGGGAGAUGGUGAUGCUUGUUGCUUGGGGAUCAGAUUUCGUUCAACUCUGAGUAGAUAUGAUCUCCAAAACUUCUGCUACUGCUGCGGCAUGCUCGAUCAUGUUGAUCGUGAUUAUGAACUAGGCUUGGAUACGAAGAUGCAGGACGAAGCUCGGUGGAGGCAUUCGAGGCCAAAUAUGGAAAGCCAAAGGGCACAAGAAUCGAGCAAAUCCCAUUAUGGUAAUCCUAGCCUUGAUUGGCGGAAUGAUAAGCUCAAUUUGGUGGCAGAAUCGGUGGGAGGCAAUCAUGCACUAAAUCAGUUAACCUUAAAUGGCAAUGAUAAGCCUUGGAAUGAAAGCUCUAGAGAGAGGUUUUUGCGAAAGGAAAGUCAGGCGGAUAAGAAUAUACUAGCAAUACAAGGGAACUGGGUGAGAGUGCGGCCACCCUUUUCAUCUGAUCAUACACCGUUAUGGAUUACACUUGAUGAUAGAAGGGAUAGGUUGAAAUUGAGAAGGUGCAAGUUUAGGUUUGAGAAUAUGUGGCUUCAAGACGAUGCUUGUAGAAAAGUGGUGCAGUCUAGCUGGGAUUCCAUUGGUAAAAGUGGUGACUGGAAUGGAUUGACUCUAAAGAUAAAAGCUUGCUCAAGUGAUCUAGAACGAUGGAACCACUCAAAAUUUGGCCAAGUGCAACGAAAGUUGCGUGACUGUACACAUGAUCUAGAAUUACUCAGGGCUUGCCCUCAAACAGAGGCCAUUCAAAUAGAGGAGGCAAAACUUAUCAGUGAAAUGGAGGAAUGGUUGGAAAGGAGGAAGUGAUGUGGAAAUAGAGGUCUAGAGAGUUGUGGCUUCAAAAAGGGGACUAUAAUAAUCGUUUUUUCCAUCAACGUGCCUUUAAAAUAAAAUUCAAAGACUGAUGGAUGAAGAUGGUGUAUGGAGGACUGAUUCUUUUGAGAUGUAACAGAUUGCCAUGAACUAUUUUAUUUCCCUUUUCACCACAAUAUCUCUAACAAAUCUUGAUCAAACAA